CAUCGUUUGCGCCGCCAUGUUUGGUGUCAGCGCGGGAGCCUGACCCGCAGCCCAGGCCCGGGGAGCGCGGAGCCAGGUCCCCCGGGAGGGGGGGGGAGGGGGAAGGAAGGAGAGCCGAGCGACAGCCGGAGCCAUGUCGGGCAGGGACGGCAAGAUGAGCACGACGGAACGGGUGGUGAAAUCUGUCCCCUUCCCACCGGCUCACCACCUGACAGGUGAAGAGAUCUUUGACACCGAAGGCAAGCCCAGAGUAGAUGUUUUGAAAAGCCAUUUAAUAAAAGAAGGUCGCGUGGAUGAGGAAAUUGCACUUAGAAUUAUUAAUGAAGGGGCUGAAGUCCUGCGGAGAGAGAAUACCAUGAUAGAAGUUGAAGCACCGAUAACAGUGUGUGGUGACAUCCAUGGUCAAUUCUUUGACCUGAUGAAGCUUUUUGAAGUAGGAGGAUCACCAGCCAACACCAGAUAUCUCUUCCUUGGAGAUUACGUAGACCGAGGGUAUUUCAGCAUAGAGUGUGUACUCUACUUGUGGGUUUUGAAGAUUCUGUACCCAAAUACGUUGUUCCUAUUACGAGGGAAUCACGAAUGCAGACACCUUACAGAGUAUUUCACGUUUAAACAAGAAUGUAAAAUCAAGUAUUCUGAAAGAGUCUACGACGCCUGCAUGGAAGCAUUUGACUGCCUUCCCCUUGCUGCACUUCUCAACCAGCAGUUUCUGUGCGUGCACGGUGGCCUCUCACCCGAAGUUCAUAACUUAGAAGACAUUAAACGGUUAGAUAGGUUUAAAGAGCCACCUGCAUUUGGGCCAAUGUGUGACUUGUUGUGGUCAGAUCCUUCAGAGGAUUUUGGAAAUGAAAAAACCCAGGAACACUUCAGCCAUAACACUGUCCGCGGGUGCUCCUACUUCUACAGCUACCCAGCUAUUUGUGAAUUUUUGCAAAAUAAUAAUUUGUUAUCGAUAAUUCGAGCACACGAGGCGCAGGAUGCAGGCUAUAGAAUGUACAGGAAAAGUCAAACCACAGGCUUCCCGUCUUUAAUUACAAUUUUUUCUGCACCUAACUAUUUAGAUGUCUACAAUAAUAAAGCUGCUGUGUUGAAAUAUGAGAACAAUGUGAUGAAUAUUCGGCAGUUUAAUUGCUCUCCACACCCCUACUGGUUACCCAACUUCAUGGAUGUUUUCACGUGGUCACUGCCGUUUGUCGGAGAAAAAGUUACAGAGAUGCUGGUUAACGUCCUCAAUAUCUGCUCGGACGACGAGCUAAUGUCUGAGGGAGAAGAUGCCUUUGAUGAACGACUCAUUUAUGGCAAUAGAAAAGCAGGCACAGCAGCGGCUCGCAAGGAAAUCAUCAGGAACAAGAUCCGAGCUAUCGGCAAAAUGGCCCGAGUCUUCUCAGUGCUCAGAGAAGAGAGUGAGAGCGUGCUGAUGCUGAAGGGCUUGACUCCCACUGGGAUGCUGCCUAGCGGAGUGCUGGCUGGAGGACGGCAGACCCUGCAAAGUGCCACAGUUGAGGCUGAACAAGCAAUCCGAGGAUUCUCGCCCCAGCACAAAAUCUGCAGCUUCGAGGAAGCCAAGGGGCUGGACAGGAUAAACGAACGCAUGCCUCCACGGAAAGAUGGCCUCCAGCAAGUGGCUAUUCAUUCAGUUACCACAAACGCCGGUGAGAAUAACGGAACUGGUGGCAACAACAACAACGCACAGUGACCGAACAUUCAGCUCUUCCAUUGCUUCCAACCUGCCACCAUCCCUCCCUUUUACUCUUCCCCUCCCCUCCCCCCCACACUCCCCCCAUACACAUUUGCCUUGCCUGAUCGUUCCCAGAUCAUUGCUUCCAAUAUGGUAUCAGCUUCAACGCCAAGGAACUAUGCAAAUCUGGCGAUCGAAAAUGGUCUGUGUUGAAAAAAGCUGAGGUGCUCUUGAAACGCCAGCCUGCGAUGGACAGGCCAAUUGUGUGCAUGUGGCAUUUAUCCCAGAACCCAACAGCCAAGACUUUUUAAGACUUUUUUGGGGGGGGAAAGGUUAAUUUGGGCGUUUUUCACUGAACGCACAUCUAGGAACCCGCAUCUUACGCUCAACACUGACCCUCGCAGCGUUUACAGGCACGGCUGUUUUGAGACAGCUGAUUUUGUUCGGAAUUGGAACUGAAGCCGAGAGCUAACUAUUUAUUGACGAGGUAUCCUCAUCGUAACGAUGUCUGUAAGACAAGCUGUUGGAAUGGUCUUAAAUAUAAUUUCGAAGCUGCCGAGAUGUGCAUUAGAAAGAUGUGCCAAACAGCCGUGGUAUUGGAAAGUGAGGUGUGUUGCUAAAACGCUGGCCUUGGGAUUGUUGCUAAGGCUGUAUUUCAUUGCCUACAUUAUAGCUUGAGGAUCAGGGAAUGAUUUAUUUGAAGGGAUGCUGAUUGCUUUUAAUGGAAAUCAAAGCUUUUUUAAGUUAGAAAAGCCAUCGUUAGUGCCCAUCUUAUGUUAAACUAAGAAUCUCUGCCCUCAAUCAGUGGUUUGAAAUCAAAGCCCCACAUAAUAAUUAUAAGGUACUGUACUUUAAUUGAAUUUUGUACAUUAGGGAAUUCAUAUCAAGUGUGUAAAGCUUCGCUGUGUAUUUUGUCUGCAUGCGUUCCCCCAUUUUGGACAUAUUUAAUAUAUUAGCCCUGUGAUGUACAGAUCUGCAUCAAUCAGGUUAUAUAGAUGUUUUGAAUACCUUUAAUGUAACGUGGGUAUUAAACUUGCUUCUAAUGCUAUAAUCCACUGGGCUGAAAGGCUUCAGGCAUUUUAAUAUCUUUAUUCUGUAAAAGGACAUGAAAAAUGACGACUUUUUUUUGUUGAAGCUAUGCAGUGAGUCUCCCCAAGGCCGGCUUUCUGGUGAAAGUGUAAAUUCACCAACGCAUGUUAAUUUUACCAAAACGUUUGCUUGGUUCAAUUGCAUCUGGUCAGAAAUUAUACCGAGAUGAACGAUUACUGACUGCCGCUGUACAUUUUUAUACUUUACCUACCGAGUUUCGUGUCUGGUUUCUGCUUCCCCCAGUUUGACAUGACUUGGAAACCAAUUCACUCGACUUUCUCUUUGAUUUGCCAUGUGCAUACUUCUGUCCCGUUGGAAAUACAGUACUAUGCAUGUUCUGAAAUAUUUAACUAUUUUAUAAGACUGUACACAAUAAACGUAUGCAUGGGCCCCUGC